AUGAAGUGCUUAGUGGUUGCUCUGAUGGCCAUUGCCGUGGUUCAGGCCAAUGUCAUCAUCACAUCUCAGUUCCAUGCCCAGGAUGGACAUCACGGCUACUCUUACGGGUACAACAAUGAGAACAACGAGAAGGAGGAGUCUGCUUCCCACGACAGGGUCAAGGGAGCAUACAAAGUCUCCGACAAGCACGGCGCUUUCCACAGCGAGGUGAAAUAUGAUGUUCCUCAGGAGCAUCACGAUCACCACGAGCAUCAGCAGAAUCAUGGCUUUGGACAUCAUCAUCAUCAUCAUCAGGAGCACGCGAAGCCUUUCUCCUACUCAAUUGUCGCUGAACAUCCCAAGCAACAUCGUCACGAGCAUCAUGAACACCACGAACAUCACAAUCUCCACCAUCAGCAGAACCACUUCAACUUCCACCAUCAGCACAAGCGCUCCCUGUGGCACCACAACAACGACCACCAGCAGCAUCUGUCCCACAACGAGGUCUUCCAUCACGAGCCCACUCACCACUACGGCCAGGAGGAGCACCAGCACCGCUGGACCGGACCCGUCCAUGUGCCAGUGAUCAAGAACGGCGUGCCCACUGAGAGCCCCGAAGUGCAGGCUGCCCGGAAGGAGCACGAGCACAAACUGGCCGAAGCCCACCAGCACGCCAGUCACGCUGGUCACCACUACUCUCACGACUACUCAGGUCACAACGAUCAUCAGUACAACUACGAGAGCAAAUACUCCUCCAAAGUGCACCACCACGAGCAGCCCAAGUGGCACGGACCUCUCCACCAUCCAGUCAUCAAGCACGGUGUUCCCACUGAAACCCCCGAAGUGCGCCACGCCAAGGCUCACCUCCUGAGCAAGCAUGCCGAGGCCGAGCACCACUCUGGACACUCAGAUCACUCCGACUACCAUCACGGCCACGACUACAGUCACGAUGAGCAUCAGCAUCACGGCCAUGACUACAGUCACGAUGAGCAUCAGCAUCAGCAUCAGCAUCAGCGUUGGACCGGACCCGUUCAUGUCCCAGUAAUUGAGCACGGCGUCCCCACUGAAACACCCGAAGUGCGCCACGCCAAGGCUCACCACAACGCCAAGCAUGCCCAGGCCCACCACAACGGCCACUAUGCCGAGCAGUACAACCACCAGGCCCGCUGGACCGGACCUAUCCACGAGCCCGUGAUUGUUCACGGAGUGCCCACUGAGACGCCCGAAGUGCGCCACGCCAAGGCUCACUUGGCCUCCAAGCACGCCGCUCACGGCAGCUCUUGGGGUCAGGAAGAGUACGCCCAUGAUUACCACCACGCGGGCGAGCACCGCUGGACCGGACCCGUGCAUGUGCCCGUGAUCAAGCACGGAGUGCCCACUGAGACGCCCGAAGUGCGCCACGCCAAGGCUCAGCUGCUGCAGAAGCACGCCGAGGCCAAGAGCCAUCCUGACUACGACAAGGACUGCGACAAGUCCCAGGAGAGCCACGAAGUGGGAUGGUACCAGGCCCACAAGCACUACUAA